AAUUAUGGUUUGUUACAGUUCCAGAAGCUGAAGCUGAUCCUGGAUAACUGGAUUAGGUGGCAAGUCGGAAGGCAAGGCCAUGCUGAAUCAAGUUUCUCAACGCCGUGCCACAGUACAGGCAAGGGCUUUCCAGCCCUCAUUUGCUCGCUCUUGUAAUCGGCUUAAGCUAGCUGCCGUAGCAGCUACUGAAGCGCCUGUGGCUUCGACCUCUGCGCCAUCGACUGAGGCGCCCAGCUUCCGCGCGAACCUUGACUUCAAGUUCAUUAAGGAGAACGUAGAGCUAGUUGCAACAAACUGCAAAAAUCGUUUCAGCAGUGCCGACCCACAUAAGGUCGUCGCCCUAUACGAUGAGUUUGUGGCGCUGAAGACGCAAGCCGACAGCUUGCGCGCGGAGAGAAAUGAAAAUAGCAACGCCAUGAAGGGCAAGCUGGAUGCCGAGAAGCGAGCUGCCCUGAUCGCUCGGGGGCAGCAGCUCAAGGACCAGCUCGCGGAGGUGGAGGAGCUCCUCACCAGGGUGGAGUCCUCCCUGCAUCCUGAGGGCCAGCGGGAGCCCAACCUCACCCACCCUGAUGUGCCGCUGGAGAGGGAGGAGGCGCAGGUUGGCGCUCAGCGGCACUUUUCCUUCCCCCCCCGCGACCACGUCACCCUAGCCGAGGCUCUGGACUUGGUGGACUUCGAGUCGGCUGCGGAGGUCACGGGCCAGAAGUUUUACUACCUUCGUAACGCGGGAGCCCUCCUGGAGUUGGCUCUCGUCAACUACGCAUUCAACAAGGUCGUAUCCCGGGGUUUCACGCCCAUUAUGACUCCGGACCUUGUCAAGGCCAGUGUGCUGGAGAAGUGCGGUUUCCAGCCCCGGGGGACGGGGACGCAGGUGCGUGUGUGGUGGGGGACGCGUCGGGGGCUUUUACGAUAUCGAGAAGUGGGCGGGACUGGGAUUGGGUUGGAGAAGGAGGAAGGGCCGUGUAGACGGGACCCGGGACGUGCGGUUAAGUGUCCCGCGUGUGGAAGGGGAGCCGUGACCGUGACCGGCCUGCAGAGCUUGUCAUUGUAUGUGUAUUUCAUCGGGACCCAUGGUGCUUGCUUUUUACUCAUCUCCCCCCCUUUUUUCCUCUCCGCCCCCUCUUCUUCCGCGCUGCACCAGCAGCUGAUCGACAUAGAGGCGGAGAUGUUUGAGGAGUUGGGGCUGCAUUUCAAGGUUCUGGAUAUGCCCAGCGGCGACCUGGGGGCUCCCGCGUACCGCAAGUAUGACGUUGAGGCCUGGAUGCCAGGACUGCAGCGGUACGGCGAGAUCUCCUCCGCUUCCAACUGUACGGACUAUCAGUCCCGCCGCCUGAACAUCCGGUACAGACCGGCUGCGGCUGCCAAGGCUGCUGCCGAAGCGGACGGCGCAGCCAGCAGCAGCGGCGGCGGUAAGAAGGGCGGUAAGAAGGGCGGUGGCGGCGGCAGCGGCAAGACCGAAUUUGUGCACACGCUCAACGCGACUGCGUGUGCGGUGCCCCGAAUGAUUGUGGCGAUUCUGGAGAACUUCCAACAGGAGGACGGCAGCGUGGUGGUGCCGCCGCCGCUGCGGCCCUACCUGGGUGGCAUGGAGGUCAUCAGGCAGCCCGCACUGGCUGCCGGCAAGGCGUGAAGGAAUACGGAGGCUCUAAGGCGGACCAGGGGUGGUGUGGCCGUCGUGGAAUGGAAUUGAGGGGGGUUCGACACGCCGGGUGUGCAGGGGUUGCAGAGUGCUGGACCUUGGCGGGGGUUGUGUGGUGAUCGGUGUGUUGCCGUGCUUUUCCCUGGGUUAUAGAGUUGGAUUAUGUACGUGGCGAGAUAGGUGAAGUAAGGAAUCGUUGCCGUGUAAAUCUUAUCACGGGCUUUU